CAGUCAGUAGCCAAUCGACCGAGCCAUGCUUAAACUAAAACAUCGCUAAUAACAACGGAUGCGAAUAUAUGUCUGUCGAUGCGACAGUCGACUAACGCCGAGGUAUUGGUUUGUUUCUCCCGAAAUGACUAUUCAAUACGUCCCAAGAGCUUGUCUGAUUCGGAUCAUCGGAAGCAACCCUCUACGGUUAAAAGGAGAAAAACAGGACAGAGCACCAAAAGUUUUCCACCACGCGAUCAAGAGGCAGCAGACAACAAGACAAGAAAAGUGUACCUAGUCCUCCUGUUCAUAGGAAGAGGGGGUGGUGAUUGUGCAUUUCACCCAGAACAAAGGUGCUGAGAAGAUCACUGCUGUGGAAAUCUAGGUGACGAUAAUUGUACAGGGUUACGAAAAGUGUGCUACAUUUCCUGUGAAGGUGCUAAAUUUACUAGAGUGUGAUUUUUAUACCAAAAUAUAGUACAUCCGUUGUUUCCCGGUUACCGUGGAGAAUCGUUGCACGUUCUGAUGCACUUCUAAGAGCUCAGCUGUUUUAUUGUGAGGCGUUUGAAAAGGAAACCAGUGCGAAAUUAGAAACUACUUUUUACGUAAGAAGUUUAAGCAAGCAUCCAAGUAAAUCAUUACUGGAAAAAAAAAAUUACUUCAGAUAACUCUUGAAGCGUAGUGCGAUACAACACGUCAGUAGCGGAAAACUUAUCCGAAUGACAGUGCUGUUACAUAAAGGCUAGAAGUAAAGUAUCACAACCGUGGAAAAACGGGGCCAUUUGCGGAGGUCGAGUCAGUGAAAUCGUAUUUGGUGCUGCGAAAAAUCAUUGAAUGAGUGUAUCUGGUAAGCGGUAGUAAAAUCAGCGAAUCGCUUUUUGUUUGUGGACAACGAGGUCGACAGAAGAAAAUAACGCAAAAAUCGUACGAUUGCAAAGAAAUAUUACUUAUUUACCAGCACCUCAAAGAAUAAACGCGGGUGUUGUACUAGCGAAGCGUAGAACACAAAGUGAUUCACGACGUCAGCUGUCUGCCUCUGUUGGUGGCGUGUGUACGUUGGCGGUUCUAUACAGUCGUACUUAAAGAUUAUUGACCUCGUCGGAUACCAGUGCAUUGUGAAACACGGAAGAGCAGUCAUAAUUUUUAGAGUUCAAGGAUCAAAACUAUGAUUUUACAGUAGCCGUACUAACAUUAAUCAUCAGAAGCUCGUAACUCAGCACUAGAGAUCAGGAUUAAUUUACAACUCACAUGUGUCAGUUCGGACGCCGAUAGCUCGAAAGAUGGUACAAUGUAUCUCCAUCGGCGACAAUAGAUAAGAUACUUCUUCAAGCUACCUUGUGAACUUACGACAACAUAAGUAAACCACGCACAUCACAUAUGAUUUACUGCGUGAAUCUGGCGAGACGGACGACGGAUAACGACGGUUGGUUUUGGCCUUCGCCGGGAGUAUUGACAUCGACAGUGCGAAAUUGAUUCUAUGAGUAACGAAUUCCGAUCAAUUUCAACGGUUGAUUGACAACGGGAUUGUGACUGCGGUCGGUGCCCACGCAAUAGCCACACUGCCCAUCACAAUGGGUGAGGAGAGCAUCGAGUGUAACGAGGGCAAGCUGAUCACUAAGAACGGCGGAUACAGUCCAGUCAAACAGUCAGAAAAUGGCGAUCUGGCCCGGAAUGAUAGCCAGAAGAAGAUAGUCCAAUUCGACAGAUUGACAAACGACAGCAGUCAUGCAGCAUCUUCCAACGGUCGUAGCUCCAGCAGCGGAGGAAGCGAUGAGAAACAUCUGAUACCAAUAAACAAUGGCAUGGCAUCUGGAGCAAACGAUGGUCACGGUGGAGAAAAACCUGAAUCCAAAAUUGAAGAGGACGAUGAUGAUGAUGAUGAUUAUGAAUUGGUACCACCGGACGGUGGAUGGGGCUGGCUUGUGUUGGCCGGUUCAAUGUUAGUUAACAUUCUUGUACCUGGCACUAUUAAGAGUUUUGGAGUUUUGUUUGUGGAAUUUCUCGAAGCAUUCCAGGCGACACCGUCAUCUGCAGCAUGGAUUCCAGCGUUAUGUUACUUUCUGUACAGCUCACUAGGACCCCUGUCCAGCAUACUAUCGGUCAAGUACAGCUACAGGACGGUUACAAUUGUCGGAGGAACGUUUGCCGCGGUUGGGAUGAUCAUCACCUAUUGGGCGACUUCAGUUAGUUACCUGUACAUCAGCUAUGGAGUAUUGGUGGGGACGGGAGCUGGACUUUCGUUUCCGCCUACAGUUUACAUAGUUACGUCGUACUUUGUGAAGCUAAGAGGUUUGGCAAAUGGACUGUGCAUUUCCGGUAGUGCGUUGGGAUCGAUCAUAUUGCCUCCAGUUUUGAGAUAUUUAUUGGUUAACUUUGGUUACCGGGGAGCUUGUUUGAUCAUGGGUGGGGUCACCCUCAAUGUUUGGGUAGCAGCUAUAUUCUACCAGCCGGUGGAAAACCAUAUGAAACGCGUGAAAAAAGUCAAACAAAAUGCAGAGAUAAUGGGCAAUGAUACCAUUAUGGAGGAAUCUGAAAACAAUGAUGAUAUGAAAGUGGGGCAUGACCACGAGAAAUCUGCGUUCAAACCAAAGUUUAUGAUCACUGGUGAUGAUACUCCCAUUGCUACACCAACAUUGGAACACAAAUCUCCGGAUAUUUUCCGCUUUAAUCCCAAGAAUGGAUUGGUUGACAGCUUUGCUAGAAGUGUAUCGGCAGCAGCCGUGCCUGCAUCCUAUCACAAAGAGGAUGGUAGCCACAGGCAUCGUAAGAUCAGUACUCCCAUUAAAGAGGAACACCGAAACUUAACCUUCACUACACCACUGAACGAAUCACAGGGAUCACAUUUCCGAUUGAAUAGACUGAACUCUAUCCGUGGGCAAAGGCCUCCAAGGCGAUCCCCGUCUACUAGCAGCUUCCAAUACAUCAGCACGCCAUAUCACGGAAGUACUCUCUCAGCUCUUCAGCCUAAAGAAUUUGCCUCACACCUUUCUUUAAGAUCGAUCGCAGAUAGUUUCAAGCCAUCCACCAAACAAAUGGGUGCUAAGUCCGAGGAAAAGACUGAUAGCCAAAAAUACUUUGAUCUUACUCUUCUCCGUGAUCCAUCAUAUCUAGUGAUACUUAUAUCCAACUCCACCAACGCUAUUGGUUACACCAACUUUAUUAUCUUACUACCAGCGUACGCAAUCUCACUAGGGUUUGACAAAAGCCUCGCGGCGUAUCUGCUUUCCAUUGUUUCAACGUUAGACCUGGUAGGACGUAUCGGAGGCUCGGCGCUUUCGGAUACCAAUCUCAUCCCCAAGACGUGGUACUUUGUUGGUGGUCUCUCAAUAUCGGGUCUAGCAUUGGCUGUUCUUCCAAUGGCUAGUUCAUAUACUAUGGUAAGCGUUUUCUGUGCUCUAUUCGGUUUAGCUUCGGGCACGUAUGUUGGAAUCACCGCCGUUAUCAUGGCGGAUAUGCUAGGAACCGAACGGCUUACAUCAUCGUAUGGAAUCAGCUUAUUCGUAAACGGAAUUCUGCAACUUAUCGGACCGCCGAUAUGUGGAAUUAUUUUCGAGCAGAUGGGUGAUUAUCGGCCAUUGUUCACUGCACUUGGUUUCGUUCUACUUGGAGGAUCCACGUUAUGGGGAUUCAUGCCUUUAAUACGAAGAAAUAAACGCCGCAAUCUGCAAAAAGCGGCUGAAGCUCAACAGGAUGCAGAGAAAAGUCUAAUAGCUUAGAAUACGUGAUCCAACCUAAAGACCAAUCUGGGAACCAGAGCUAGUUAUUUAUCUUGGUAGGUAUUGCGCAUUGCGUGUAAUAGUUGUGCGCAACAACUUUUAAAACUACGGUUUUGCGUUGAAUCGAUUUAGAGUCUUCUGCGCACUUAUUUCUUGUGAACUAAAGGAUAAGUGCGCCCAAGCAUUUGCGCACAACUAAUAGCAAAAAUAUUACGUGCAGUGCGCAAUGCGCAAUAUGCGUUCAUCCUAGUUAGAUAUCGAUGCUUUAUACAGAAAACAAUCUACAAGAUUUUAAUCUUCGAUUCUCUUACGUGUGGAUCGACGAUGAUCGUGAUAUGACAAUUCAAAACAGAUUUCUUUCAAAAUAUGCAGGAAAGUAAGAAGUAUUUAAGUGCAUGUAAAAUAAUCACUGUACGGCGUAACCGUAUUCUACGAUACGGUGUAGCAGAAGGGCUACUACUGUAAAACUGAUAUUUAGGUCAAAGAAAAUGAGAAAAAGGAAAACAAUACGAGUAUUAUAUUUUUAGGUAUUUUACAAAUUGUGUGAGCUAGAAUCUGAGCUGAGCGUAUGAAUGAUUA